AUGACUUCUGGAGAUGCAUUCAAACUGUACAACAAACCCAAAGCCAGGACUUCUGCGAGCAAGAGGAAAGAAAGCAGGCAGUACCCUGGGGAAAGUAGCAGCGACCCUUCCAAGAAAAGGGCUCGGACUGAGAAACCUCCUACACCUGUACCUUCCAAGGAAAUUACUCCUCCUCCAGCUCCCAUCGACCCGACUCCCCCAACUUCUAUUGACUCGACUCCUCUAGCUCCUAUCAACCCAACGCCUCUUGACCAGUCAGGAAAAACUCAGGCCGAGGCUGUUUUGAACACAGCCUACAACUCGGCCAAUGAUAAACUGAAGAAGCUAUCAAGCCAUCGGCGCAGUCAGGAAGCCUUCAGUAAUGUCUCCUCCAUGAAGGUUAAGCAGAUUCUUAGUCACUCACUGAAUGAAAUACUCAGUGGAGUUUUGACCCUGAGUAUUGGCUGGCGUCAUUCGGAGGAGACGUCUGCCAAGCAUGCUGAAGAAAUUAAGGCUAUCGAGGGAAGACUCGUUGAGCAGCUCAAAGCGCCCGAGGAUAGACACGCCCAACUGGGCGAGGAGCUAAGAGCAGCUGAGGAGCAAAGUGCCAAAAUGGGCGAGGAGCUAAAGCAACAUAAUGAGACCUUGGCCAAAGUCACUGAGUCCAAAGAGAAGUAUAGGGAGGCUUCGGUGAUUAAUUUCAAAGAAGCUUCCAAACUCCAAGACGAGCUGGCUAUUAGCAGGAAAGAAACUACUGAACUGGAGGAGCAAGUCAAAUUGCUCGAAGAGACCAACGCUAGUGACUUUGAGAGGUUUAAGGAUGCAGCUAAGCUGGCAAUUGCUCGCCUAGAGGAAGAGGAGACAGCUCAGGGAUCCCUUGAGAUUUCUUUGGCCACAGGUAUUGAAGGCAUUGACGAGGGUGCUGAUACCACAGUCGACCAACAACCUCAAGAUCCUCCAGCUACUCCUGCUGCUUCAUAA